UCAGCAACUUAUAGCGGGACUGCAGCGAACAUUCUGACACUGGGAGGAACUGACUUGGUGUCACUGACAUCCCCAGUGAUUACCAAUACAGUGAUCAGUGCUAAAAAAAAGCACUGACACUGUAUUAAUGGCACUGGGCAGGAAGGGGUUAACAUGAGGGGUGAUCAAAGAGUUAACUGUGUGCAGGGAGUGUUUUACUAGGGGGCCGUGUCAGUCUUUGGAUGGCUGUGCUGUGUACAGCCAUCCACUACAGUGUGCCCGAGCUGACAGGGAGGAGGACUGUUAGUAAACAAAACAGUCCUCCUCCCCUUCGGAGAUGCCUGGUAAUCUCCAGGUGCCAGCGGGUAAUCACCGGCCGGAACCCGGUGAUUGACAUCCGUGGCCUCGAAUGGUGGUGU